AACAUAGGUAGGUUUAAACUGAGUAUGGAUAAUAAUGUGCAGGUUAUCCACACAAGUGUAUGGGCGGGGCAAAAGCGUCUUGGGCAGCUGGCCAAGUGGAAAACCGCUGAGGAGGUUGCUGCAUUGGUUCGAUCUCUUCCUGUAGAAGAGCAGCCAAAGCAAAUUGUUGUGACAAGGAAGGGCAUGUUGGAUCCCUUGGAGGUCCAUCUACCUGACUUCCCUAACAUUGUUAUUAAGGGCAGUGAGCUGCAGCUUCCUUUCCAGGCUUGCUUGAAGAUUGAGAAGUUUGGUGAUCUUAUACUGAAGGCAACUGAACCACAGAUGGUUCUUUAUAAUAUAUAUGAUGAUUGGUUGAAAAGUAUAUCAUCAUACACAACAUUCUCCCACAUUGUGCUUAUUCUACGUGCACUUCAUGUGAAUAAUGAGAAGGCAAAGAUGUUGCUCAAACCUGACAAAACAAUUAUUACUGAAACACAUCAUAUAUGGCCAUCUCUGAAUGAUGAACAGUGGUUGAAGGUUGAGUGUGCACUAAGGGACCUCAUCCUUUCUGAUUAUGCAAAGAAAAACAAUGUUAAUACUUCUGCACUGACACAAUCUAAAAUGCGAGAUAUCAUUCUUGGCGCUGAAAUUGCUCCACCAUCACAGCAGAGGCAACAGAUUGCUGAAAUUGAGAAACAGUCAAGAGAGACUACUCAGUUAACUGCUGUAACCACAAGGACGACAAAUGUGCACGGAGAUGAACUCAUUAUCACAACCACAAGUCCAUAUGAGCAACAAGCAUUCGCAUCGAAGACUGAUUGGCGUGUCAGAGAAAUCUCUGCCACAAACUUGUAUCUACGUGUAAAUCACAUUUAUGUCAAUUCUGAUGAUAUAAAGGUCAGUAUAGUGAUAGCCUCUCUCCAACUCCAAUAAGUUGACACAGCAAAAGAAAUGU